CGGGGAUUAGGAUCAACCUACCUAUCACGUGACUUACGUAAACUAAACGAAAUUUUGUCGCCAUUUUCGCCGCAUGGGUAAACGUAUUGCGGAGAAAAAUACCCGAUUGCUUGGGAGAUUGGUUUAUUUGUUAAGUAAGCCUUAACCAUGGCUUACAACUAUGUGAUAGGGCCUGGGGGACAGCCCAUCAUUCUUGGGCAGGUCCAGAUGAUACAGCCCCUGAUGCAGGUGUCUGGAGCACCAACUGCAAUGCAGCAGAUGAAUACAAGUGUCCCUCCCCAACAACCACAACAAGUUCAGCAGCAGCCAAAAGUACCAGAUUACAUGUCAGAGGAAAAACUGCAGGAUAAAGCAAGAAAAUGGCAACAGUUACAGUCAAAGAGAUACAGCGAGAAGAGGAAAUUUGGGUUUGUUGAUGCUCAGAAAGAAGAUAUGCCUCCAGAACAUGUCAGAAAGAUUAUCCGAGACCAUGGGGAUAUGACAAACAGAAAAUUCAGACACGAUAAACGUGUUUAUCUCGGUGCUUUAAAGUAUAUGCCCCAUGCAGUGUUGAAGCUUCUCGAAAAUAUGCCAAUGCCCUGGGAACAGAUUCGAGAUGUGAAGGUUCUCUAUCAUAUAACUGGAGCUAUAUCAUUUGUCAAUGAAAUUCCAUGGGUCAUUGAGCCAGUCUACAUUGCACAGUGGGGUACGAUGUGGAUUAUGAUGCGUCGAGAAAAACGAGACAGACGUCACUUCAAACGUAUGCGUUUUCCACCAUUUGACGAUGAAGAGCCGCCUCUUGAUUAUGCUGACAACAUCCUUGAUGUUGAACCCUUGGAGGCGAUCCAGAUUGAACUAGAUCCAGAGGAGGAUAAAUCUGUCCAAGACUGGUUCUACGAUCAUAAACCACUUGUAGAUACAAAGUGUGUAAAUGGAAGUACAUACAGGAAAUGGAACUUGUCAUUGCCAAUCAUGUCAGUCUUGUAUCGUCUUGGAAACCAGCUUCUCACUGAUCUGGUCGAUCAAAAUUAUUUCUACCUGUUUGAUCUGAAGUCUUUCUUCACAGCUAAGGCAUUGAACAUGGCCAUCCCUGGAGGUCCAAAGUUUGAGCCUCUUGUCAAAGAUAAAGAAAUGCAGGAUGAAGACUGGAAUGAGUUUAAUGAUAUCAACAAGAUUAUCAUCCGACAGCCAGUGAGGACAGAGUACAGAAUUGCCUUUCCAUACCUGUACAACAACUUACCUUUCCAGGUCCAUCUCUCAUGGUAUCAUUGGCCAAACAUUGUAUUCAUUAAGACAGAGGAUCCAGAUUUACCUGCCUUCUACUUUGAUCCACUCAUCAACCCCAUAUCUCACAGACACACAAGCAAGGGCACAGAUCCGUUACCAGAUGAUGAUGAGGAGUUUGAAUUGCCGGAGUAUGUUCAACCUUUCAUGCAUGACACUCCACUAUACACAGACAACACAGCAAAUGGAAUUGCCCUGCUCUGGGCUCCGAGACCCUUCAACACAAGGUCAGGCCGUACAAGGAGAGCUAUAGAUGUGCCAUUGGUGAAGUCGUGGUACAGGGAGCAUCCGCCAUCGGGCAUGCCAGUGAAAGUUCGUGUCUCAUACCAGAAACUUCUCAAGUAUUAUGUCCUGAAUGCCCUCAAACAUAGACCACCAAAAUCACAGAAAAAGAGGUAUCUGUUCAGGUCAUUCAAAGCAACAAAGUUUUUCCAGACAACACAGUUAGACUGGGUGGAGGUUGGUCUGCAGGUGUGUCGCCAAGGUUACAACAUGUUGAACCUUCUCAUUCAUCGUAAAAAUCUCAACUACCUCCAUCUGGAUUAUAACUUUAAUUUGAAGCCUGUAAAGACAUUGACAACCAAGGAACGUAAGAAAUCUAGGUUCGGAAAUGCUUUCCAUCUGUGUCGUGAGGUGCUUAGAUUGACCAAAUUGGUGGUGGACAGUUUUGUGCAGUAUAGAUUGGGAAAUGUUGAUGCUUUUCAGCUGGCGGAUGGUUUACAGUAUGUGUUUGCCCAUGUUGGACAGCUGACUGGCAUGUACAGAUAUAAAUACAAGUUGAUGAGACAGAUCAGAAUGUGUAAAGAUCUUAAACAUGUGAUUUACUACAGAUUCAACACAGGUCCAGUUGGUAAAGGUCCAGGAUGUGGUAUCUGGGCCCCAGGCUGGCGUGUAUGGCUGUUCUUUAUGCGAGGGAUCACACCCCUACUGGAAAGAUGGCUGGGUAACUUGCUGUCUAGGCAGUUCGAAGGUCGUCACUCUAAAGGCGUGGCAAAGACAGUAACCAAACAGCGUGUGGAGUCGCACUACGACCUGGAAUUGAGAGCAGCAGUGAUGCAUGAUAUUCUGGACAUGAUGCCAGAAGGUAUCAAACAGAACAAGGCGAGAACUAUUCUGCAACAUCUGAGUGAGGCAUGGAGAUGCUGGAAGGCAAACAUUCCAUGGAAGGUACCAGGAUUACCUAUUCCUAUAGAGAACAUGAUUCUACGUUAUGUGAAGGCAAAGGCUGAUUGGUGGACAAAUACGGCACACUACAACAGGGAGAGAAUCAGGAGAGGGGCCACAGUAGACAAGACAGUGUGUAAAAAGAAUCUUGGAAGACUGACCCGUUUGUAUCUGAAGGCGGAACAGGAAAGACAACACAACUAUCUGAAGGAUGGUCCUUACAUUACGCCAGAAGAGGGUGUGGCUAUAUACACAACCACUGUCCAUUGGCUGGAGAGUAGACGAUUCUCACCAAUCCCUUUCCCUCCGCUGUCAUACAAACAUGACACGAAACUUCUCAUCCUGGCUCUCGAGAGGCUGAAAGAAGCAUACAGUGUAAAGAGCAGAUUAAACCAGUCACAGAGAGAAGAGUUGGGUCUGAUAGAACAGGCAUAUGACAAUCCUCACGAGGCCUUGUCCAGAAUCAAACGUCAUCUGCUUACACAGAGAGCUUUCAAAGAGACUGGUAUAGAGUUUAUGGAUCUGUACAGUCACCUGAUACCGGUGUUUGAUGUGGAGCCACUAGAGAAGAUCACAGACGCCUACCUGGACCAAUACCUGUGGUAUGAGGCAGACAAAAGACGGCUGUUCCCACCGUGGAUCAAACCUGCAGAUUUAGAACCACCACCUACGCUGGUGUACAAAUGGUGUCAAGGUAUCAACAACUUACAGGAUGUUUGGGACACAGCGGAAGGUGAAUGUAACGUGAUGAUGGAAACAAAGUUUGAGAAAAUGUAUGAGAAGAUAGACUUGACCCUCCUUAACAGACUGUUACGUCUGAUUGUGGACCACAAUAUUGCUGAUUACAUGACAGCCAAAAACAACGUUGUCAUCAACUACAAGGACAUGAACCACACCAACUCCUAUGGUAUCAUACGUGGGCUGCAGUUUGCUUCAUUCAUCACACAGUACUAUGGAUUGGUUAUGGAUUUACUGGUACUCGGUUUGAUGCGUGCCUCUGAGAUGGCUGGUCCCCCUCAGAUGCCCAAUGCCUUCCUGCAGUUCCAGGAUGUAAACACAGAAGGAGCACAUCCUAUUAGACUCUACUCUAGAUAUGUUGAUAGGAUUCACAUUUUCUUCAGGUUUUCAGCAGAAGAAGCUCGAGAUUUGAUCCAGCGUUACUUGACGGAACAUCCUGACCCCAAUAAUGAGAACAUUGUAGGAUACAACAAUAAGAAAUGUUGGCCGAGAGAUUCCAGAAUGAGGCUUAUGAAGCAUGAUGUCAAUUUGGGUAGAGCUGUGUUUUGGGAUAUAAAGAACAGAUUGCCUAGGUCUGUGACCACCAUAGAGUGGGAUGGCAGUUUUGUGUCCGUAUAUAGCAAAGACAAUCCAAAUUUACUGUUUAACAUGUGUGGAUUUGAGUGUAGGAUUUUACCAAAGUGUAGAACAACACAUGAGGAGUUUACACACAGGGACGGAGUAUGGAACUUGCAGAAUGAGGUAACUAAAGAGCGUACAGCCCAGUGUUUCCUGAGAGUAGAUGACGAGUCGAUGAACAAGUUUCAUAACCGUGUCAGACAGAUUCUCAUGGCUUCAGGAUCCACCACAUUCACAAAGAUUGUGAACAAGUGGAACACAGCCCUAAUUGGACUGAUGACAUACUUCAGGGAGGCUGUAGUCAACACACAGGAACUACUAGACCUCCUUGUCAAGUGUGAGAACAAGAUUCAAACACGUAUCAAGAUUGGUCUCAACUCUAAAAUGCCGAGCAGAUUCCCUCCUGUAGUAUUCUAUACACCAAAAGAAUUGGGAGGUUUGGGAAUGUUGAGUAUGGGACAUGUGUUGAUUCCACAGUCAGAUUUGAGAUGGUCCAAACAGACAGAUGUGGGAAUCACACAUUUUAGAUCUGGAAUGUCUCAUGACGAGGAUCAGCUUAUUCCUAAUUUGUACAGGUAUAUUAUGCCAUGGGAAAGUGAGUUUAUAGACUCACAGAGAGUCUGGGCUGAAUAUGCCUUGAAGAGACAGGAGGCUAACGCCCAGAAUCGCCGCCUGACACUGGAGGACCUGGAAGACAGCUGGGACCGAGGUAUACCUAGAAUUAACACACUGUUCCAGAAAGACAGACACACACUGGCUUAUGAUAAGGGCUGGAGAGUGAGAACAGAGUUCAAGGCUUAUCAGGUAUUGAAACAGAAUCCAUUCUGGUGGACACAUCAGCGUCAUGAUGGUAAACUGUGGAAUCUGAACAACUACAGAACAGAUAUGAUACAGGCUCUCGGUGGAGUGGAGGGUAUACUGGAACAUACACUUUUCAAGGGAACUUACUUCCCAACAUGGGAAGGUCUUUUCUGGGAGAAGGCAAGUGGUUUUGAGGAGUCUAUGAAGUACAAGAAGCUGACCAAUGCACAAAGAUCCGGUCUCAACCAGAUCCCUAACAGAAGAUUCACCCUCUGGUGGUCACCUACCAUCAACAGAGCUAAUGUAUAUGUAGGUUUCCAGGUACAGUUAGAUCUGACUGGUAUUUUCAUGCACGGCAAGAUCCCUACAUUGAAGAUCUCACUGAUCCAGAUUUUCAGAGCUCACUUGUGGCAGAAAAUACAUGAGAGUGUAGUCAUGGAUCUCUGUCAGGUGUUUGAUCAAGAGUUAGAUGCCCUUGAGAUAGAGACUGUACAGAAGGAGACUAUCCAUCCACGUAAAUCCUACAAGAUGAACAGUUCCUGUGCUGACAUACUGCUCUUUGCUGCUUACAAGUGGAAUGUCUCAAAACCGUCCCUGCUAGCAGAUUCCAAGGAUGUGAUGGACAAUGCGACCACACAGAAAUACUGGUUAGAUAUACAGUUGAGAUGGGGAGACUAUGACUCUCAUGACAUUGAAAGAUACACCAGAGCCAAGUUCCUUGAUUAUACAACAGACAAUAUGAGUAUCUACCCAUCCCCUACUGGUGUUCUUAUUGGUAUUGACCUGGCCUAUAAUUUACACAGUGCAUACGGAAACUGGUUCCCAGGAGCAAAACCUUUGAUUCAGCAGGCAAUGGCAAAGAUCAUGAAAGCCAAUCCAGCUUUGUACGUGUUGAGAGAGAGAAUCCGUAAAGGUUUACAGCUGUACUCUUCAGAGCCCACUGAACCGUACCUCAGCUCACAGAACUAUGGAGAACUGUUCUCUAAUCAGAUUAUCUGGUUUGUGGAUGAUACCAAUGUGUACAGAGUUACCAUUCACAAGACAUUUGAGGGUAACUUGACAACAAAGCCAAUCAAUGGAGCUAUCUUCAUUUUCAAUCCAAGGACUGGACAGCUGUUCUUGAAGAUUAUUCACACUUCUGUAUGGGCAGGGCAGAAACGUCUCGGACAGCUUGCCAAAUGGAAAACUGCAGAAGAAGUGGCUGCUUUGAUCAGAUCCCUGCCAGUGGAGGAACAGCCUAAACAGAUCAUUGUGACCCGUAAAGGCAUGUUGGAUCCUCUCGAAGUCCAUCUUCUCGACUUCCCCAACAUUGUGAUCAAGGGGAGUGAACUCCAGCUGCCAUUCCAGGCUUGUCUAAAGGUGGAGAAGUUUGGGGACUUGAUUCUGAAGGCCACAGAACCACAGAUGGUGCUGUUCAACCUGUAUGAUGAUUGGUUGAAGACAAUUUCUUCAUACACAGCUUUCUCUCGUUUGAUCCUGAUUCUGAGAGCGCUGCAUGUGAACAAUGAUCGUACAAAGAUCAUUCUGAAACCAGACAAGACUACCAUCACAGAGCCACAUCAUAUCUGGCCCACACUGUCUGAUGAGGAAUGGAUGAAGAUUGAAGUACAGCUGAAAGAUCUCAUCUUGGCUGAUUAUGGCAAGAAAAACAAUGUGAACGUGGCGUCCCUUACCCAGUCAGAAAUUCGAGACAUCAUACUUGGUAUGGAGAUCUCGGCUCCGUCAGCACAGCGACAGCAGAUUGCUGAGAUUGAGAAACAGACUAAAGAACAGUCACAACUUACUGCAACAACAACAAAAACUGUCAACAAACACGGUGAUGAAAUCAUCACAUCAACAACAAGUAAUUACGAGACUCAGACAUACGCUUCAAAAACUGAGUGGCGUGUUAGGGCAAUUUCAGCCACAAACUUGCAUUUGCGUACAAAUCAUAUUUACGUGUCUUCAGAUGACAUUAAAGAGACAGGUUAUACAUAUAUCCUGCCGAAAAAUGUGUUGAAGAAAUUUAUCAUAAUAUCAGACUUGCGUGCUCAGAUAUCUGGAUACCUGUACGGAGUUAGUCCCCCUGACAACCCACAGGUGAAGGAGAUUAGGUGUAUUGUGAUGCCGCCACAGUGGGGAACACAUCAGACUGUACAUCUACCAAACAUUCUACCAGAACAUGAAUAUCUCAAGGAAAUGGAACCCUUAGGAUGGAUCCAUACUCAGCCGAAUGAAUUACCACAGCUGUCACCACAAGACAUUACAACACAUGCCAAGAUUAUGCAGGAAAACUUGCACUGGGAUGGAGAGAAAACUGUCAUUAUAACUUGCAGUUUUACCCCUGGUUCCUGUUCACUGACAGCCUACAAGCUGACCCCUAGUGGUUACGACUGGGGACGUCAGAAUACAGACACGGGUAACAAUCCAAAGGGUUACCUUCCCUCUCACUAUGAACGUGUACAGAUGUUGCUGUCUGACAGAUUCCUGGGAUUUUUCAUGGUGCCAGCACAGACUUCAUGGAACUAUAAUUUCAUGGGUGUUCGUCACGAUCCAAACAUGAAGUACGAACUGAUGUUGUCCAACCCGAAGGAAUUUUACCACGAGAUACAUCGGCCGUCGCAUUUCCUGAACUUCAGUCAGAUGGAGGAGGGAGAACAAAUAGGGGCAGACAGAGAGGACCUUUUCUCUUAAUAAGAGUGAUGUAUGUGGAGGACAUUGUAAAAGGAACAUUUUGAAAGGAAUAUAUUGUGAAAAAGAACUGUUUUGUUAAAAUUUUGGAAGUAGAAUGUAUUAUUAUACACUUCGGUCAUUCAGUGCCCAGGUGUUUGGAGAUUCAGUGUGACAGUUGAAAUAAAAUAUAGUGUUAUACAGUGCACUGUCUAAACAAACGGAGUAAAAAAAAAAGUAUGAAUUUCACAGACCUGAAGUGUUUUGCACUUUCUUUACUCAAAAAGGCUCAUUUCAGAAGAAACAUGAAGCAAAAGGUUUCAUGCUUGUAGGUGACUAUUUUAGUGCUACUUGAACCAUCUACGCUGUUUUGUAUUAAAGAUUUCAUCAAGUUUUGUAAAUUAUUGUUUUAAUAUGCCUCAUUUUCAUGUGGAUCUUCCUUCAUUUUGUCCCAUUAAUUUUAUUGUAAAAUAUACCAGAGAAAUGUUUUGUAAAUAGCAUGACAGAUUUGGAUCACCUUGCACUUUACCACAUAAGAUGUGAAGUAAGAAAACAAAUGUUUUAUCAUAAGCUUGUAUAUAUAAUUGACAUUUAACAUGGAAUGGAAACAUAUUUGAUUUUUUUUUUAUAUUUCAGAAUAUGCCAGUCAGAAAAAAAUUGUUAGGUUUUAUGCUGAAUGUAAAGUAUAGGGGAACGUCUUCUUUCCUGGUUUGAAAUCGUGGAUUUUUUUUCAGGUUGUUAAGAAAUUGCUUGAAUAAUGUAAACAAUUUGCUGGAUGUUUGUGGUGACAUUUUUAAAAUUUUGAUACAAAGUUUAGACAAGGUACCACAUACCCAAUUUGAUGACAACAUAUAAUCUAAUCAUAUUACUACACCAGCCUGAUGCUUAUCAGUUUGUGAAAGUGAAAAAAAUGUAGUUCUAAACAAUAUUAAUUUGAGGAAUAUCUCGUGAUCUGUUAAAUAUUUAUAAAGAUGUCUACUUUACUUGAAAAUUAAUUGCUUCAGUUCUUGUCAAUAAAAGUUCAACAACUCGA